UCAAUGAUGUAAUAGAUGAAGCUCUCUUGUUCCCGUUCCGUUUUCCAGUUUAAAAGAGCUCCGCAUUUCCUCUUCCCUUCGGAUUCUCUUCCUCAUACUCAAUCCUUCGUGAUACUCACAUCCCAUCAACAUGCCUUUCACCGCUUCUGAUAUCUGCAAGAUCAUCUUCGCCAUCAUCCUGCCCCCUCUGGGAGUCUUCCUGGAGCGCGGAUGUGGUGCUGACUUCCUGAUCAACAUCCUACUGACCAUCCUUGGUUGGUUGCCUGGUGUUAUCCACGCCUUCUACAUCAUAUUCAAAUAUUAAUCACGCUGAAAUGACAACCCAUGGCGCCCUGCCUCGACCCAUGCCUUUCCGAGCAAUAUUCAACGAGAAUAUAAUUCGUUAUCCGCUGUGUUGCAUUCCACUAGCCAUUCCUAGCUCCCCUGGAAAUGCGCACCAGUGGCUGAAGGGUCGAGUGCAGCCGUCAGCGUGAUUCCGCAGAGCUCCGAGACUAGCCUGCAUUCCCCACCACCGGGCAUGGCCGA